AUGCUUCUCCGCAGAUUAGCUGGCCGCGCCCUCCGCCAGCCUUUGGCACCUUUUGGGCAACCACCAUCGUGGCUGUUUUCACGUCAGUUGCCGAUGGCUGAGAGGUCAUCUCCUUCAUUCGCCCUUACUCGACACUUGCCAAUUAGUUACCCAGACUCCCUAUGCCGCAACUAUUCAUCUCGAAAAAGCAAGAAAAAGAAGCAAAAGCAGCAACAGAAAGACAAGUUAAGCCCCUACCAACGCCGAAAGCUCAAGGAACGAAAAUACAUUGAGCAUCUUCUCAGCUCUACAAGCUCCAAACCGGGAGAUAGUGCUCCGGGAGCGGGGUUAAGUGCUUUUUUCAAUGAUACAAUGUACUCUAUGGGGCAUUCGGAAGAUGUUGAGAACAACCUGCCUUCGUCCAAAGACAUCGAAUCCGUGGAAUUCGACUGGGAGGGGAUUGAGCAGUCUGAUGUGGAAGACGAAGAGUUUGGAGGACUCAAAUUCACAAAGCGGCAACAGCCUAUUUCAAAGGACAAAGGUUCUGCAAAUUUCAACUUGGUAGAAGACCAAAAGCCUUCUCUAGAAGACACGAAGCCCAUAGAGCUCGACUCAAAGGUGGCCGAAAAGGAAGAUGAGACUUGUGUUUUCCCCAGUCAGCAGAAGACGCGUAAAAAGGUCAAACUUACCGACACCCUUAUUGAACCGGAGCUAGACCCUGAUUCUCCUGUUGAUCCAGAAAAGUUCACAACCCCUCUCGAUAUCGACCUGUCACCAGACCCACGUCCCCGGAAAGGCCAGCAGCCCCUUGACCCCGAAGAAGAGAAACGCCGCCUUUUAGAAUAUCUAGAGAAGCCAUGGGAACCAUGGCGGCCACCGGAGAAGCAAGAAAAUCGCCUGAAUCACCACGAGAGGCGUCGCAUCAAGCGCCGACUGGAGAUGGCGGCUCGAAAAAAGCUUCAGUUGCAGAAGAAAUACGGCAUUGAGCCAGGGUCAACCGAGCGGGAUGAGCGGGUUGAUCUGGAGUUAGCCAUGUGGCUGGUGAUGGAGGACCAGAAGGAUACCGAAAGGCGUAUGAAGAAGUGGGAGCGAACGGCCAAGAAGCGUGAGAAAUUGAAGAAGAAGGGCAUGUUCAAGAAGGCAAGGUAUGCUCCAAGCUUGCUAUCGUAG